AUGAGUGACGCUAGUGUCAAACAUCGUAGAGUGCCGAGAAAUGGAGAGCCGAUAUCUGAAUUUGAAAAGAAUGAGAGGGUAGGAAGUACGAACAGUAGAGGGGGAAGAGAACAGAAUAAUACCAGUCAUUUAGAGAGAAAGACAAGAGAGAGUCGGGUAAACGAGGGUAGAAGAGAGAAGGUCGAGAGGAGAAUUGAAUAUGACGAUAGCGAGGAGAGCCAAAUUAGUAGUAGAUGCAGUUGUGGGGGUAAAAGUAAAGACCGAACAGUCUCGGUCGACGACGAUGAUGUGAUAGACGAGUUAAGAGCCAGGACGCAGGGAAAGGAGGAGAAAAUCUCCGCGUAUCUGACCAGUUUUAGACUAAUUUUGGGCCACAUGAAGAGACCAAUUAGCCAAAAACAACAAGUCAAGAUUGCCUACAAAGGUCUAUCGCCAGGUUACCGACGGCAAUUAGAAAGAAUUCACUAUGAGUCGUUAGGCCAGAUGAAGAACCUUCGAAACUACGAGAAAACGAAGGACCUGGAUGAGAGAUACGCCCCAACCCUGCCAAAAGAGAAGAUGCGUUUCCCAGCAGCAGCUAUGAAAGAGAAGAAGAGUGGUCACAAACACGCCAAAAGCGACAAAGUGGCAGCACUAGAGAAGGAGUCAGAGUCGAGUGAGAGCGAUCACUCUACAAAGACAGAGAAGCCAAAGAAAAAGAAGAAGAAGAGCAAGAAGAUUAAGAAAGAAACGAAUAAGCCAGAAGAAAAGAAUGUCGAGGCCAUCAGCCCAGCGACAUCAAGUCAGAAGCCAACAGUAAUCCAGAGCCAAGUUGCCAGUGCUGCGCCAGCCCAAACCGUACAAAUGCCAAUGCAUUUUGCCUACCCAAUGGCUUAUCCAGGGAUGUUUCCAACUGGAAUAAAACCAAAUUACCCCAGGCCAAAUGGUCCUAAAGGACCCAAGUCGGGGCAAAAUGGUACACAAGCCCAAAGUACCCCUAAAGAAUUCGUUGGGGCAUGUUUUCAUUGUCAGACUACAGAGCAUCGAGCCAGAGAUUGCCCUCAGAGAAUCUGUUUUUCUUGCCAGCACCAAGGGCAUUAUUCAAAUCAAUGCCCUCUGAAGCCAGCCCAAACAGAAGCGUGUUUGGGUUCAAGGAUAAUCCGUUAUCACUUGCCCAAUCUACAACACAGUUUAUAUCUUCCUGUAACAUUUCAAGAAGUUGGAGAAGUGAUGACAGUGGUCCAGAUAAAUAAAGCUUUAAAUCAUCCGCAUAUUUAUGAUAUUUACAAUAUUUAA